GAUUUGCACCUCUUAAUAUCAAAUAUCAAUGGCGACCGCUCUUUCUCUGAACUGGAGCCGGUUCGCUUCUCAAGUUCCUCGCUGUUUAUCCUUUCCAUUUCUUCAUAAGCAUCGGCAAGCUCAAGUCGUUAGAUUAUACCAGAGCUUCCGGUUUUCCGGUAGCUUCUGUACUCUCUACUCCUCCUCUAGCCGCUCUUUCUCUGUCGUAGCUUCCACUUCUCAGUCCAGUAGCUUAAAUAGUUACAGUGAAGUGGGUGAUGAAAGAUAUGAUGUGAUUGUGGUGGGAGGAGGCCACGCAGGGUGUGAAGCUGCCCUUGCUUCAGCACGAUUAGGGGCGAAAACACUCCUUCUUACUCUUAAUAUUGAUCGCAUAGCAUGGCAGCCAUGUAAUCCGGCAGUUGGUGGGCCAGCCAAGUCUCAGCUGGUGCAUGAAGUCGACGCCCUGGGUGGUGAAAUUGGAAAAAUUGCUGAUAG